AUGGCGUCAAAGGGGUCACACAGCCCUUCCUCUACGCAAGAUCAAUUCGACGAUGAUAUCGUAUUUGAUUACCAUGAUCUCGACCAUGCCCCAGCAACCUCACAAGGCACAUUCCUCAAGGGCUCAAAGGAGGACGUCGAACCCUUAGAGGAAUACCAGGAAGGUGGCUAUCAUCCAAUCCACAUUGGUGAUGUGCUUGGUCCGUCAGAUCGGUACCGAGUUAUCCAUAAGCUUGGCCAUGGAGGCUUUGGCACUGUGUGGCUUUGUCGGGACUUACUAGAAGCCCGUUAUGUUGCCCUCAAGGUCAUGGUCAGUGAUCUAAAGUCCGACGAGAUUCUUGACUUCGGCUUGGCUGAGCUGGAUCAGUCCUUGCCAGGUGUCCAGUUCAUCGCGUCUCCUUUGGAUUCAUUCUCCAUUGAGGGACCUAAUGGGACCAACCAGUGCCUGACACUGCCACCACUUGGGCCUUGCGUGUCCCCCCGAUUAUGGAUGCGACUGGAGAAAGACCCUGCUACAAUCUUACGGAAAUUUGCCUAUCAGACUACGCAAGCAUUGGCCUUCUUACACAAGAAUGAGAUCUGCCACGGAGACUUUCGUCCAUCUAAUAUUUUAGUCAAGUUGUGCAACCUGGAUCAUCUUUCUGAAGAAGAUCUCCUCUCCCUUUUAGGGCGCCCUGGGGAAGUCCAAGUGCAGACAGAGUCAGGAGAAGAUCUUCCAGCAUCUAGCCCAAGAUACCUUGUACCGCCAGCAGACAUCUCCCGGCUCGGGAACGAGUUUCUCACAGAGGAUAUUUGUGUCAUUGACUUUGGCGAAUCAUUCAAGUUCUCAUCGCCACCAGAGGAUCUUGGUAUUCCAGAGAAUUACCUACCACCAGAGAUCCUUCUUGAGCACCCUGAUGCGAUUGGUCCCACCUGCGAUCUUUGGGCUCUUGGCUGCACUUUAUUCGAGAUAAGGGAGCAACUCCCGCUAUUUUACAUGAUCUACGACAAAGAUGAACUAUUAGCAGAAAUGGUGAGGUUCUUCGGCAAGCUUCCCGAAGAUUGGUGGAUGAGCUGGGAAGCCCGUGAAGAAUAUUUCGACGCUGAUGGGAAGUGGCUUCGUGAAGAAGAAGACUGGUCUCUCGAAGUGGCGUUGAGCAAACCAAUCGAGAUCUUUGAAUCGGGCGAGAAGUACAAAGAGGGGCCUAAGAAGUCAUUACAAACUCCUGAAGUUGAACAAAAGUUGAUGACGGAUCUACUGUAUCGGCUGUUCAAGUAUGAUCCUCGAGAACGGAUUAGCGCGGAGGAAGUUCUUAGACAUGAGUGGUUCAGACUAUAG